UGACACUUCCCACCUCCACGCACGAACACACAGAAAGACAGCAUCGCAGCCUCGUUGUGCUCACAUACACUUCUCUCUUAAACUUCCUGUUUGUGGGCGGCUGUGUGUGAGUGUGUUGUUCGGUGCUCCAGAGAACUACAGGCAGAUACCUGCGACUGAUGUCACUGUUUGACUGCAGAGAUCUGCCAGUCCCAGGAUGUGGCUUCUUCAGUCUAACCAAUAGUGUAGAUGGUGAAUGAAUGGAGUGAGCUGGAGAUGCACUCGGUGAAACCCCUGGUCUUGUUAGACGAACACCGAGGACCUGGACCUGCUGGGCAGUGAACUGAUGCAGAAGGUGAGUGAGAAAGAUGCAGCACACCUCAUGUACGGAGGACAGGAUCCAGCACGCUCUGGACAGGUGCCUGGAUGGACUGAGACAGAGUCCCACAGAAGCUCCUCACUGGGACGUGCUCAUGUGCUCUGUGGGUCAGUCUAUGAAUCGCUGGAGUCUGGAGGAGUUGGUGAAGAGAGAUCCGGACAAUUUCAUCAUCCUCUUACAGCAGAUUAUCACGAAAACCAAGGAGGUUCAGGAGCAGUGUCAGUACGAGCUGGUCGUUCCUCUCGCCAUCAUGUUCUCGUCCACUCUGCUCCAGACUCCAUUCUGUCCUUCAGAGAUUCUAGACAAGGCUGUUGGGGUGUUUCGUUGUUUUCUCACCUGGCCUGAGCCGUACUGCAGUGUGUGUAAAAGCCUCCUGACCACGCUGCUGGCGGAAAUCAGAGCUCCAGGGAUCUCCUUCCAGAGACUGGUGAGGGAGGAGCAGGGUCUGAACUCCUCCAGCCACUGCUCCAAAACUAUGACGGUGCUGCUGAUGAAUCCAAAUGAGGUGCCGGCGGAUUUUCUGUCAGUGGCCGAACAGCUCUCGAACAUCAACUACUCUCAGAGCGACACCUACAUCACGCUGAUCAAACAUGCCUUCCAGUCCACGCUGGGCUCCAAGUACCCUCUCCCCAGUAUCCACAGAGCCCUGCAGGACAAAUCUGUAAGUGAACUGAGUGAGAUCUUUUCAGAAGUCAGUGAUGUCAUAGAGACAGCCACUGACAUGACUGACCCCCUGAAGGCACGCAGUCAUGUGACACAGGCUCUGGAGGCCCUGGGGGAGAGACUGAGAAUCCCAGCUUCCAGGUUCAGGAAGUCGGCUGACGAAAUGCUGCAGACGCUGCCACUGCCCACGGCCAAAUGUUACAUGUUUCACUGGGAAAAGGAUAAUUUUGAUGUUCUGAACACCCUCAUGGACCAUGGCACUGACUACGUUGGACAGGCUGAGGAGGAGGAGGACGCAGACAUAUACGUGAGCGAGGCGGAGAACAUGGCAGAGACUGAUAUAGAAGAGGAGGAUGAGGAGGGAUUGGACAAAGAAGAGCAGAAACACACGGUGGAACUGCCUUCAAUCUCCAUCCUCCAUAACAGUUAUGCUGACAACCAUCGUGCCUCCACCUUCUCCACCAUCUCCACCAUCUCCACUGUCUCCUCUGCCUCCAAAGACUCCAUGUUUUCAACCAUGUCUGCAGCCUCAGAGUCCUACAGUCACUCUCUCUUCUCCGUCUCCUCGGGAGUGGACAGUGGCUACUUCGAAGAAUACGACGACUACAUCUGCUCCUCUCCGGUCUCGGAAAAAUGUUCGCCCAAGUCGAUCAAAUCCCCAGCCCGGUUAAGCCAGCACAUUUACAAGUUCUUCUCAAAGAGCCCGCGCUCGCUGUGCCGGGCCAAGAGCUUAGGAAACACGGAAGCCAAAGACCUUUUGUUGGUCAGAGAGAAACGCUCGUACUCUCUGCCUCAGCAGGUCAAGUUACACAGCCCUGAGCCGCCGCUUCAGCCACAGAGCCAAACUCUCCGGCACGUCUGCUUCAGGAGGAGGCCGAUUCUCAGCAGCGAAGAGGACAGUAAAAACACAACACUGAGGGUCGUUGUGUUCGGUGCCGAUCAUGUGGCUGGGAAGGUGGCAAGGGCCUACAACAGCCUGAGGAGGAGGGAGAGUACAUGUCCGCAUCUGAGCAGGGUCUUCAACCUCCAGUUUUACUUUGUGCCUGUGAGGAGAGACUCAGCUGGAGGACACAAUAGUCUCAGGGCUCCUUGUCCCGUGGUUCAAACUGGGGCGACCAAAGGAGCAACCCUGCCCAAUGGUCUGAGUCCAACCAGCUCGGGGGAGAGUACAAAUGACAUCGCCCACCUGCUUGGUAUGUUGGACCCUUGGUACGAAAGAAACACGCUGAGUCUGCUGACCCUCCCUGCCAGCGUGGUCUGCCAGCAAACCUCAAAGACGGAGUCUGAUUCUUACGACGGUUCGUAUGAGCAACGUCUACCCAUUCUGGCCGACUUGGUCCUGUACUACUGUCGCUACGCCGCCCGGCCGGCCCUGAUUCAGCUGUAUCAAGCUGAGCUGACUUUGGCCGGCGGUCAGAAGAGAACUGAGGUCUUUGUCCACUCACUGGAGUUGGGUCACACUGCAGGGACACGAGCCAUCAAAGCUAUGGGAGCGGCCAGUAAACGGUUUGGUAUCGAUGGCGACAGAGAAGCAGUUCCUCUGUUGCUGGACUUGGUUUACAACAGGGUGGUCAUUAGUGGGAGAAGCCAGUGGAAGAGAGAAACAAAAACUUGUACUUCAGUCAACUUGACAAAAGCGUGCAAGAACCCUGAGGACCUUGACUCAAAGAUGGAGUGCCUGCAGUUAGUGACGACUGAGGUUCUGAAGAGACAAGGUGGCAAAAGCAAGAAGGGCUACAAUCAGCAGCUCAACACAACAGAGGUCAAGGUGGACAAAGUGCAGGUGUUGGGUACCGGGAACACAACCUUUGCCGUCUGUCUGGACCAGGAUGAGAAAAAGAUACUACAGACUGUCACCAGGUGUGAGGUGUCAGUGUGCUACAAACCCGACAGCUCUGCUGACUGGAGGUUAAAUCAAUUCCAGACCUCAGCUCAAAUCCAGCCCCUCCAUCCAACCUUCUGCUCCCUCCUCUGCCUGCCCAUUGUCACUUUCAGUGGCGCCCUCCUAUGAGACUGCUGUACAGUGGAUUUAUGAGCGAGGACGGCAAAACCCUGCACCAGACGGUUCUGUUGUUUGAGGCUGGAGGCUCAUGGAAAACACAAGAAAUCCCAUGAACAUGAAGGCUGGGGGCUGCGUACUGUGAGACUGAACCCUGAACUGGCUGCAGCCUUGGUAUCGAUUACGCAAAAGAAAGAAGGAUCACAACGAGGGUGGAUGAAACUGAAAUAGACCAAAUAUUUUUUGUGUCCUAGCAAUCACUGACUACUGUUGUGGAAGCUGUUCAAGUUUCCUUCCUCAGGUUUCAGUUCUUCAUUUUCUUUUUGCAGAAAAGUGACUGUAAAACUCUCUUUGGUCGUAAACAGUGGACUCUGAGGGACUGAGACAAAUGUACAUUCUACACAAAGACUUAAUAUUGAGAAACAUGAACAUGGAGGACCAUGUGGCAUUCAAACAGGCUGACAAUAGUACUAUGUACUAUGGAAUUAUCAUAUGAAGAGA